AUGGCAAUAAGUCGAGUGUUAUCUCUUCGAGCUCCCAUCUUCGUCUCUUGUGGCCACAUUUCGAAACGAUAUGAAUCUAUCUCAUCUAUUCGAUGUAUCCACCGAUCAGCUACACUUUCUUUCUCGAUCAAACCAAACAAUAUUGGUAUGAUUAAACAGCAACGCACUCUGACUACAUCGUCAAGUAAAUUAUCCAUUCGAGUCAAGUACGAUGAUGGCAUUGAUCUCAAUAAUCAAACAGUUGAAAUUAAUCCAAUUGAGCACAUUCGUCGAUGCACACUGUAUAAGGAUAUCGACAUUGGUUCAUACUAUAAAUCAAUAUGCCCUGAGGUGCGUACGCUCGGUGAUGUAUUAGAUUAUGGUCAGACAGUUUCAAAAGAUGGUCCAUGUUUGGGUUUCGUUCAACCCGAUAAUAGCACAGAACCAAUUCGUUGGCUUUCUUAUUCCAAGGUAUCGGAGCAAGCACGUAUCAUAGGCUCUCAUCUGUGGACAGAAGUCAAACUCAUUCCAUCAGAUUCAAAACUAGCCAUAAUGUCGGCCAAUCGACCAGAAUAUCCAAUAUUUACUUAUAGCUGUUACAUGUACGGCUUUAUUGUAGUUAAUCUCUUCACAAGUUAUGAUUCGAAAACAAUAAUGGAUUUACUUCGUAGAACCCAAACGCAGGUAUUAGUUGUCGAUAAUUUGGCACGCAUUCGAUCAGUUGAAAGACAGCUAAUUGAAAUGGAAGAAAUCAAAGAAAUUAUUGUUAUGGACGAAAUAAGUGAUGGUGAACACAAGAAAAUUCGAAGUCUGCCAUCAAUUUUAAAAACAAUAAACCCAACUAAUAUACGUCCUCGACCGACACUUGAUCCAAAUAGUGUUGCUACAUUUCUUUUGACAAGUGGAACAACUGGUGAACCAAAAAUCGCUAUGAUAACCCACGAGAACUUCAUGGCAGGAAUGAAAUCUACCAUCGAUCGUGAAAAACGAGCAGACAUAUUGUGUAAUCCGUCAGAUCGUCAUUGUUCGUUUCUACCCGUGGCUCAUCUUUACGAACAAGCCGCGCUUUUGCUUAUGUUUAUCAAUGGUUCUCGAAUUGUUUGUUGCCCAAGUCCUGAUAAGUUAGUGGAAUACUACGCAAUAGUGAAACCUACUCGCAUUUUCAUGGUACCUCGUGUUCUCAAUAAAAUUUACAAUAAAGUCAUGGGUGAAGUUGACAAAAGUAAAGUUAAACGAUAUCUUGUUGACAAAGCAUUGCGCCAAGAUAAAUCGUCGUUUUUUUCCCGGAUUAUUUUUCGAAAAGUAAAACAAUUAUUUGGUGGUGAAGUAUCAACAAUGUUAUCUGCCUCUGCGCCGAUUUCACGUGAUGUAUUACGUUUCUUUCGCAUUGCAUUGGAUGUUCCAAUAUACGAGAUCUUUGGACAAACGGAAACGACAGGUGUUAACGUCACUACACAUGUAAUUGACACUUCAUGUGGGACAGUUGGUACACCCGUAUGUACAGUAGAAGUUAAACUUGCUGACGUACCUGGAACAAAUUAUCGAAGCGAUAACGGACAAGGUGAAAUAUGUAUUCGGGGACCCAGUAUUUUUAAAGGCUAUUACGCUGAUGAGGCAAAAACAAGAGAAAUCAUUGAUGAAGGAGGCUGGUUACAUACAGGUGAUGUUGGCGAAUGGUCGGAAAAUGGUACAUUGCGACUCAUUGAUCGUAGCAAGCAUAUUUUUAAAUUAAGUCAAGGCCAGUAUGUGGCACCUGAACGUCUCGAAGAAGUAUACCUUCGUUCUCGAUGGAUUUCUCAGAUUUUUAUCGAUGGUUGUUCGAUACAAGCGACAGUAGUUGCUGUUGUUGUACCCGAUGAAGAAUACGCAAACAAGAACUUUACUUCGACAACAAGAAAAUCCCUCGAAGAGUUAUGCACUUAUGAUGAAUUUAAGCAAUUGAUUAUGACUGAUCUCCUUCGUAUAGCUAAAGAAAAUAAACUCAAACAUUUUGAAACCGUGAGCAAUAUUUAUCUGCAUCAUGAGCCAUUUUCGCAGCAGAAUGGUCUAAUUACAUCCACUUUCAAGACACGGCGUGUAAUGGCUCGAAAAUACUUUCAAAAGAUUAUCGAUUCACUCUACAGUGCUAACGAGACGAAUAAUGAACAAAAAACAAAAAAAUGA